UCUCCCCCUCCCCCUCCCCCUCUUUUUCUUUCUCUAUUUUCCACCAUAAUUUUCUAUUUUCUCCAAAUAAAGAAGAAGAAGAAUAAGAAACAAAGCAAUGGUGAAGUUCUCAAAGGAGCUUGAAGCUCAAUUAAUCCCAGAAUGGAAAGACGCCUUUGUAAACUAUUGGCAACUCAAGAAACACGUAAAGAAGAUCAAGCUCUCCGGGAACAAUAAAAAACCUCCCUCAUCGCAUGACCUUAACCCUGAAAUGUUCGGUCGGUCCAUUUUCGACCCGAUUCGUUUCGUCGCCAUGAAAGUAGCUUCGUGUUCAUCAAAGCUAUUACUCGGAUCCUCCAGUAACAACACUAAUGAGAUCAUCCAGGUAAAGAGUAAAAGCAUGGAUUCUGAUGAAGAAGAAGUGCUCUAUCAAACUGAAAUCGUUCAAUUGUUUUCUGAAGAAGACGAGGUGAGGGUGUUUUUUGAAAGAUUAGAUGGAGAGUUAAACAAGGUGAACCAGUUUUACAAGAUGAAAGAGAGUGAGUUCCUUGAGAGAGGAGAGAUUCUGAACAAGCAACUUCAGAUACUGUUGGACCUUAAGCAGAUCGUCACCGACUGCCAACGACGUCGGAAGCCGGUCGCCGGGGCUUUCCUUCAACGUUCAUCGAACUCGUUUUGUUCUUCUCGCAACUCCGAUUCUUUCUCAGAGAGCGCGGCGGUAUUGAAUGAUAGUUCCACGGAGAUCUCACAAACAGACGAGGUGAUCGCAGCAUUAGAAAGGAAUGGUGUGAAUUUCAUGAAUUCAGCAAGCUGCAAGGCCAUGAUGACGAAGAAAGGGAAGCCGAAGAUGGCUAUGAGGAUCGACAUCCCGGCUACAACGCCGGCUCGAACCAUCUCCGCCGUCACAUCGAUGAUCUGGGAAGAUCUGGUCAACCAUCCCAAGAAAGAAGGUAACGGGGAUUUCAUCAACAAGAAGAAGAUCCAAUGUGCUGAAAAGAUGAUCAGGAGUGCAUUUGUCGAACUCUACAGAGGUCUUGGCCUGCUCAAAACUUACAGCUCACUAAAUAUGGUGGCCUUCACAAAAAUACUCAAGAAGUUUGACAAGGUAUCAAACCAACAGGCAUCAGCAAGUUAUUUGAAAGCAGUGAAGCGAUCCCAUUUCAUUAGCUCUGAUAAGGUGGUAAGACUAAUGGAUGAAGUGGAGUCCAUUUUCACAAACCACUUCGCCAACAAUGACAGGAAAAAGGCAAUGAAGUUCUUGAGACCGCAGGAGCAGAAGAACUCUCACAUGGUCACCUUUUUUGUUGGAUUGUUUACAGGUUCUUUUGUAUCAUUGUUUAGUGUAUAUGUAAUAUUGGCACACUUGUCUGGUAUAUUCUCACCUAGCACAGAAACAGCUUACAUGGAGACUGUCUACCCUGUUUUCAGUGUAUUUGCAUUGUUAAGUUUGCACUUGUUUUUGUAUGGGUGCAACUUGUUCAUGUGGAAAGCUACGAGAAUAAACUACAACUUCAUCUUUGAGUUUGCAUCAAGCACAGCCCUGAAGUAUAGAGAUGCAUUCCUUAUUUGUACCACUUUCAUGACGUCUGUGGUUGGGGCCAUGGUCAUCCACCUGUUAUUAAGGGCUGGGGGAUUUUCACCUUCUCACGUUGACACUAUUCCUGGAAUCCUCCUUCUGAUAUUCAUUGGCUUGCUGGUAUGCCCAUUCGACAUUGUCUAUCGGCCGACUCGAUACUGUUUCCUUCGAAUAAUACGUAACAUAAUAUGCUCUCCAUUGUAUAAGGUUUUGAUGGUUGAUUUUUUCAUGGCUGACCAACUCACUAGUCAGAUUCCAUUGCUAAGACACUUGGAAUCAACAGCCUGCUACUUUCUUGCUGGAAGUUUCAAAACACAUGAAUAUGCAACAUGCAAAAAUGGAAAAAUGUAUAGACAGCUUGCUUAUGUAAUCUCAUUUUUGCCAUAUUAUUGGCGAGCCAUGCAGUGUGCAAGAAGAUGGUUUGAUGAAUAUGACCUGAACCACUUGGCUAACAUGGGGAAGUACGUUUCUGCCAUGGUAGCAGCUGGUGCUAGGCUCACAUAUGCUACACAGAGUAACAAUCUAUGGUUUUCUGUAGUGUUGGUCACUUCAGUUGUGGCUACAGUUUACCAAUUAUAUUGGGAUUUCGCCAAGGAUUGGGGGCUUCUUAAUCCAAAUUCCAGAAAUCCAUGGCUUAGAGAUGAUCUAAUUCUAAAGAACAAGAGCAUUUACUACCUCUCGAUUGCCUUGAAUGUAGUUCUAAGAGUUGCCUGGGUAGAGAGCAUCAUGCGGUUUCGGUUCAAUCCGGUUCAGACACAUUUGCUAGACUUCUUCUUGGCUUCCCUGGAGGUUAUCCGACGAGGGCAUUGGAAUUUUUACAGGUUAGAGAAUGAACAUCUAAACAAUGUUGGCAAGUUCAGGGCGGUAAAGACGGUUCCAUUACCAUUCCGUGAGACUGAUUCUGACGGCUAAAAAGGAUUGUUAAAAUCCGGGGACGAAGUCCCUAACCAAGUUAACGUAAAGGACAAUCCCAGGAUCAACAUUUUAUCUUGGGUUUGUUGGUAUCUGAAUAAAUCCAAAUUGUAAAGCUCUGCAAGUGCAAGAACAAGUACCGGCAUCGAAACGACAAUAUUCUGACGUGGAUUUGCGGGUAUCUGAAUCAAUCUGAUGUCUUUAGUCAAUACUCAAAGGCAUUCUUUUUCCUUUUUGAAGCUGGAAAUGUAUAUUUCAUUGUCUGUAUAAUGAUGGGAACGAUUGAUCAUCAAGCACAAUAAACUUUCUAAUUGAUCUAGUUUGUA